CAUUGUUACCGCUCUGGUCUUUCAUCUCCCACUCUCUCUCUCUCAGAAAUUUCAGAAACCAUUCCUCGUUCCGUAAUGUUCUAGUGAUUUUGAGUAAAAAUGGCAGUGAAGGGUAAAGAAAUUGCUGGUAAAGCUACAACCUCAUCAUCAAAGGGUAAAAAACUAGCAACAAAAACAACUGUUAAGAAAACCAAUACUGGUGGUAGUGGUAGUAAUGACCGGAAAAGGAAAAGAUCCGGUGUUCUUCAGUUUUUCGAUGUUACUGCUGAUGUCGACGAGGAUGAAGAAGAAGAAGACGAAAGUGAUAAUGAUAAUUUAAUGCCUGAUAUGAUGGAUAUUGGAGAUAUCGGCGGAAAAGGGAAAGGCGUUUUUGGGAAAGCACCACAAUUUCCAGUUAUCCCGAAAGAAGAAGAAUUGAGUGAUGACGAAAUUGAAAAGUUAAUCAGAGGACGAUACAAGCCUGGUUCAAAGCAUGUUAGAUAUGCUGAAGAUGAUGAUUAUGAGCCUAAACAUGAUGGCGAUUCUAUUAUUUCUAUUGUGGAUGAUGGUCCACCUAUAUAUAAAGUCAAGUGCACGAUGGGACGUGAGCGGCACUCAGCCUUCUGCCUUAUGCAGAAGUAUGCAGAUUUACUACCUCUUGGAAAUAAGCUGCAAAUAGUGUCUGCAUUUGCUCCCGAGCAAAGCAAGGGUUUUAUUUAUAUUGAAGCUGACAGGGAAUAUGAUAUUGUCGAGGCAUGUAAAGGUCUGACCGGUAUAUAUUCAACUAGAGUUACUGUUGUACCAAAGAAUGAGCUUGCUCAUUUGGUGUCUUUCCGAAAAAAACAAAUUGAGAUCUCCAAGGGCACUUGGGCUCGGGUGAAGCUUGGCAAUUAUAAAGGAGAUCUGGCACAGGUUAUAUUUUUUGAUGGUGAGCGGAGAAAGGCAACAGUAAAGCUUAUCCCAAGAGUUGAUCUUACGGCAAUGGCCAAAAAACUUAAUGGUGGAGUAAAUGUCAAGCAAACUGCUGUACCAGCACCAAAGCUGAUCAGUUCAAACGAACUUGAGGACUUUCGUCCUCAUAUCGAGCUUAGGCGAGACCGUCAAACUGGGAUUGUUUGCGAGGUACUUGAUGGAUUGAUGCUCAAGGAUGGUUAUUUGUACAAAAAGAUUCCCAUUGAAUCUUUAAUCUUAUCUGGAGUAGUGCCUACUGCCAAUGAGCUCAUUAAAUUUGAAACCUCUAAGAAGGAUACAGAUGAUGACCUGGAGUGGCUAACUGGCCUUUUUGGUGAAAAAAGGAAAAAACGUGCUGUAGAUUGCGGGGUUGAUAAAUCAAAAACUCCGACAAAGGACGGUGAAGGGGGUAAAACUAAAGGAUUUGAGAGCAAAUGUGGGAAAGGAUUUGACAGCAAGUCUGGGAAAGGAUUCGAGAGUACUUCAGGGAAAGAGUUCGAGAGUACCUCCGGGAAAGACUUUAAAAGUACAUCAGGGAAAGACUUUGAGAGUACCCCAGGGACUAAGAAAGGGGAAGGUUUUGAACUGUAUGAUUUUGUCUUUUUUGGGCGUAAAGAUUUUGGUGUUAUCGUAGGCGUGGAAAGUGAUAGCUACAAGAUUCUGAAGGGAGAUUCUGAAGAAUCGAAGGUGGUUACUGUAAAUAUGCGUGACAUAAAGAGUGGAUGCCUGGAUAAAAAGUUCACUGGUUUAGACCAGCGCAUGAAAGCUAUAUACGUCGAUGAUACUGUCAAAGUCUUGGAAGGUCCAUUAAUGGGCAGGCAGGGUGUUGUUAGGCAAAUUUACAAAGGCAACAUAUUUGUAUAUGAUAGUGAAAACGAUCUUGAGAAUGGUGGAUACUUUUGCGCUAAGUGCCAAAUGUGUGAGAAGAUUAAGCUGUUCAAUGGCUGUCAAGAUAUCGAUGUUGAUGAUUCAGGUCCCACAGGGUUUGAGGAUUCAGCAGCAUCUCCGAAAUCUCCUCAAUCAUCUAGAUCGGCAUGGCAAGCAAGAAGGGAAAACAACCAAGAGUUCAACAAUAACCGCCAAGGUAGGGAAGGAGCUUUCUCCAUUGGCCAAACUUUGAGGAUCCGAAUUGGUCCUCUUAAGGGCCACCUUUGCCGCGUGAUUGCCAUCUACCGGACUGAUGUUACAGUAAAGCUCGAUUCUCAAUUGAAGGUUAUAACAGUUAAAGCUGAACAUCUUUCUGAAGCUGGUGUGAAGAGGUUUUCUGAUUCCACAAAACCAUUGAGUGAUCUGAUGGGGGGUUCAGGAGCAGCAGAUAAUGAUGGGUGGAAUACUGGUGCCUCAGGAAGUGGCAGGAAUGGUUGGUCUGAUUCUUCCGCAUUGGCCGAGUCUACCUUUGCGAAUAUCUUUGGCAGCGAUGGUGCUGAGAAAGAUAAAGAUGAAGAUAAUCCAUGGAGUACCAAAGCAAUACCUAAGAAUGAUGGAGGUGGCUGGGGGAGUUCAUCAUGGGGUAAAACAUCAAAUGAAGACCCGGCUGCUGAUAAACCAAGCCAAGAUGGUUGGGGUAACGCUACUGCUAACGCAGCCUCUGGAAGUGGUGCUGAGAAAGAUAAAGAUGAAGAUAAUCCUUGGAGUACCAAACCAAUCCCUAAGAAUGAUGGAGGUGGCUGGGGGAGUUCAUCAUGGGGUAAAACAUCAAAUGAGGACCCGGCUGCUGAUAAACCAAGUCAAGAUGGUUGGGGUAACGCUACUGCUAACACAGCCUCUGGAAGUGGUAAAGAUGAAGAUGAAAAUGGAUGGGGUGCCAAGCCAGCUUCUAAGAAAGAUGAAGACAGCUGGGGGAAAUCUUCUUGGGGCAAACCAUCACUAGAGGAUAAAGCUGGUGACGAUAAACAAAAUGAAGUUGGUAACUGGGGAAAUGGCACAGAUGCUUGGGGUAAAGCUGCUGCAAAUACGGGCUCUGGGGCUGCUGAGACUAGUAAUUGGGGAAAACAACAGAAUGAAAGUGGCAGCCAAAAGGAUUGUUGGAGCACUAAAACAGAUUUACUGGACAUUAUUGACAAAGGCAAAGAUGUAGCUGCAACUGAGAAAGGCAACUGGGGUAAAGUAGUUGAGUCUCACAAUGCUAGUAAUACAGACGGUUGGAACACAGCAGCAGGGAAACAAACUGGGGGUUGGGGAAGUGCCUCUGGUGGUGGGUCACAGCCAAAAGGAGAAUCAGGAGAUGAAGCAGGCCGCUGGGACAAAGAGAAUGAUACUAAUGGAGGGAAGGAGAAGCAAAAGGCUGGAUUUGGUGUCUGGGGUGCAGACAAUUGGAAUAAAUCAGACACUUCGAGUGCUGCUGCGACUUCGUCUUGGGGUAAAGGGAACUUCGCAGAUAAAGAAGCAGGUGAUAAAGAAGGAAAUCAACAAGACAGCUGGGGUGCUGUAAAAUCUUUUGAAGGGGGUCGGGGUUCAGGUGGCUGGAGAGGUGGCAGAUGUGGAGGAAGAGAUAAUUUUGGUGGGGGAAGAUCUUCUGGUAGGGGUCAGUCUCAUGUUACAAACAAAGAUGAAGGAGAGAAGCCUUGGAAUAGCCUUGUUUCCUCAGGUUGGAAUAAAGAUGCAGGUAGUGAUGGGGAUAAAAAGUCUAGCUGGGGUAAUCCAACUCAAGAAGCUGGAGAGAGCAAAAACAAUGCAGAUGCUUGGAACAAAGGAAGUGGUGGAGAUAACUGGGGCAGUGGAGCACCUAACUGGAGUUCGCCACCCACAAAAUCUGCUGGAAACCAAUCUUCUGGGUGGGGUAAAGGAGGAUCAGUUACAGAAGAACAAGGUGGAGGGAAUGCAACUAAAGAUGAUUGGAGGACCAAAAAAUUCUCUGAUGAAACUCAGGUUGUUGAUGGAAAUGCUACUGCAAAUCAGACAUCAGGUUGGGAAAGCAAAGUUGCUGAGAAAAAAUCUGAGGGUAGCCAGUCCUGGGGAGGUUGGAAUCAAGGAUCAUCUGCUAAUGAAACUAAAGAUGAAGGGGACGCUUGGGCCAAGAUGAAAGGUGUUGAUGGAGGAAAUCAGGCAAGUGGUGGUUGGGGAAGUGGUGGGGGAGAUCAGCAGGGUUCUAGUUGGAAUAAAAGCAAAUGUAAUGAUGAAAGUCAACCAUCCAACUGGAGAGGAGUACUUGGUGCUCCAGAUACAGCUGGUGGUAGUUGGAGCGGAGGUAAAUCCUUUGGAGGCGGUGAUAAUGGAGGCAGUAGUGGUGGUUGGAAAGGCGGUGAUAAUGGAGGCAGUGGUGGCUGGAAAGGUGGUGAUAAUGGAGGUGGUGGUGGUUGGAAAAGCGGUGGUGGCUGGAAGGGCAGUGACGAUGGAGGCGGUGGUGGCUGGAAGGGUGGUGACAGUGGAGGAGGUGAUGGCUGGAAGGGCAGUGACAGUGGAUGCGGUGGUGGCUGGAAGGGCAAUGACAGUGGAGGCGGUGGUGGCUGGAAGGGUGGUGACAGCGGUGGCGGUGGGGAAGGUAGUGAUACCUCUAACAGAGGACGGGGUAGAGGAUUUGGUAGGGGUGGACGCUUCUCAGGUUCUGACAGAGGUGGUGGACGUUUUGGAAAUAGAGAUGGUGCAGAUAGUGGAGGUGGACGUUUUGGGAACAGAGACGGUUCAGAUCGAGGGAGGGGAUUUGGGAACCGAGGCCGUGGAAGAGGUGAUAAUGGAGGUGGUGGCGGCUGGAAAGGUGGUGACAGCGGAGGCGGUGGUGGCUGGAAAGGUGGUGAUAAUGGAGGCGGUGGUGGCUGGAAGGGCGGUGAUAAUGGAGGCGGUUGGAAGGGAGGCAACAAUAGUGGAGGCUGGAAAGGAGGGGACAAUGGCGGCGGCAGUGGUGGCGGAGGUGAUAACAAAGUUGGGGGUAGCUGGAAGGGAGGUAAUAAUGAUGGUGGUGGUGGCUGGAAGGGAGGUGAUAGUGGAGGUGGAGGAUGGGGAAGUUCUGCUACUGAUGCCAAGAAAAGUGGAAACCAAGGAGGGGGAAGUGGUGGCUGGGGAAGUAGCAGUGCCGCUGAUAACAAGGAAAGUUGGAACAAAGUUGGAGGUAGUGGGGGCAGUGGUGGAUGGGGAAGUAAUGCUCCUGAUAGUAACAAGGGAAGCUGGAACAAUGGCAGUGCUGAUGUGGCGAGUGGAAGUGGUGGGAAUGGUAAUCAAGCUGGUGGAUGGAGUGGUCAGGGUGGUUCAGGAUGGAACAAGUCGUCCGGUGAUGCUGCUGGUAAAGGAUCUGAAGGUGGUGGGGGCUGGAACUAACAGAAAACUCUCUGCUUUGAAUGGGUAACCGGCAGGUACAUUAGAUGAUCUGGGCUUCUUUUCUUUGUCUAUUUUGUUGCUAGAGUGAAACAGAUUGGUUGUACAGGAUGAAGACAUGAAGAUGGGGGUGAAGAAGAAAGAAGAAAUACCAAGGGGCAACUAUUAGCUGUUGAUGUAAUUAAGCUACUUUAGCAUGUUAGAAUUUUGAAUGUAUAGGACUUCAGCACAACUAACUACUUCCCCGUGGAAACUGAACAAAGUAAGUACUAGCAUUUCUGAUGGGAAAGGAAGAAAGACAUUUCUUUUGUAUGUAGGUUGUUUUGCAAGUCUGGUGGAUGAGCAAACUUUGAUUACCCAUGUCAAAAAGAAUGAAUGAUAUGCAGUACUUUGUUCUUACUAAAGCAUUGCGAAAAUUAUGUCCUGCUUUUCUGAGGA